UUCAAUUACAGUAGAUUCAUCGUCUUUUGAAUAUUGAGGCUGGUAAAAAGUGGUGCCUGUUCAAGCCCAAGCUUGUACAGGAGGCCUUCUCUCUUUCAGCCCUUACUGUUUCUCUAACAUAUUCACACAAUUAAGAAAUUAGCCAAAUGGGGCUUUUUCACAUGUUGCUGCUUGUAUCAUUGAUCAUGAUCCAGGUGGGGAACAUCGAUUCCAAGUGCUUUUCUGCAAUAUUUAAUUUUGGUGACUCCACUUCGGAUACGGGUGAAGACCAUGCAGCCUUUCCAGACCACCUGCCGGUACCUUAUGGGUCUACAUUCUUCAAGAAACCUGCCGGAAGAGCUUCAGAUGGCCGACUGAUCAUCGACUUUCUGGCUGAAGCUUUGGGACUUCACUUUUUGACCCCUUAUCUGAAGCCAGAGGGAUCAUUCAAAAAAGGCGUCAAUUUUGCCGCAGUGGGAGCCGCUGCGCUUCCUCCAAACAGCUCCUUUCCUACUUUGUUUCCUCUCAGUGUGUUCAAUCUGGGUGUCCAGCUGCAACAAAUGCGGGAAUUCAAGUCCAUUGUGGAAGAAGUCCAUAAGCACGGGUCUAAGAAGAGGUUUCCUUCUCAGAAGGUCUUUGGAAAGUCUUUAUACAUGCUCUAUAUAGGCCAAGCCGAUAUAGUAUCUCAAGUGGAAACGCUUGGUGCUGAUGGAGUGAAGCAAUUCUUUCCCCAAAUGGUCUCCUCUAUUUCUCACACUAUACGGGAGCUGUAUGGCUUGGGCGGGCGUACAUUUUUGGUGUUCGGUGUGGGACCUGCGGGAUGUGAUCCUAUAAUUAGGGUUAUAGUGAAUCAGGCCGGUUCUUAUCUUGAUUCAGCUGGAUGUUAUUUUCCUUUGAAUGAUGCAGUUUCGGAGUACAACAAGCUGUUACGGGAGUCACUCUGGGAAAUUAGAGGCGAUAACCCAGAAGCAUCCAUCAUAUACGUCGACACCUUCAGCGUGAAGCUAGAUCUCUUUAAGAAUCCGACACACUAUGGGCUCAAAUAUGGAGCAAAAGUUUGCUGCGGACAUGGAGGAGGUCUUUACAAUUUUGACCUCCAUGCUCCGUGUGGGUUUCCAAAUGCAACGGCUUGCAAGGACCCAUGGAACUAUGUUUCCUGGGAUGGAACACAUUUAACCGAAGCCGCAAACAGAGUGAUUGCUAGGGAAAUUCUGAAUGGGUCACUCUUCGAACCCCCGUUUCCCUUGAAGAAGCUCUGUCGCAUCCAUGGUUCCACCUGAUUCAGAAGACUUAUU